GAGAGAGAGAGAGAGAGAGAGAGAGAAUAGUGUUUGAGCUGUAUAACUCAACACACAGAGAAACAACUGAAUGAAGUCAUGUGAGAAUCAUUAUAACAGUCAAACACUGCCAGUGUGGGAGGAGUGUCAUCAGUUUUGUGGGCGGAGCUGGAUGUUCAUUGGCUGUAACUGAAUGAUAUGGUGUCCAGUGUGUGUGUUGUGAGGGCCGAGUACUCAAACUGUGGAGAGAAUGAGUUUUACAAUCACACAAGCAACAGUUGUCGUCCCUGCCCACAGUGUCAACCUGGACAAGAGCCAUACAUGAACUGUGGUUAUGGUAUAAAGGAUGACGAUUAUUCCUGCAUCCCGUGUCCUGCAGGGAAAUUCUCUAAAGGAAAAUAUGAGAUCUGCCGUCGACACAAAGACUGUGAUUCUCUGUAUCGAGCCACUGUGUUAACAGCAGGGACUCAUGAGAGCGACGCGGAGUGUGGAGCCUGUUUACCGGGGUAUUACAUACUGGAAAACAGACCACGCAACAUCUACGGCAUGGUGUGUCACUCGUGUCAGAACGCUCCCAAGAACGUCAAAGAGUGCAUGAGGUCCACACCCGUGUCAUCUGGACGUGUUCCCAGCGUGUCCUCCAGCAGCACCACCAUUCUCCCACAUCCAGAGAAAGAUCCAACAGGGCAAGGUCACCUAGCAACAGCUCUCAUUAUCGCCAUGUCAACCAUCUUUAUCAUGGCCAUCGCCAUAGUGAUGAUCAUCAUGUUUUACAUCGUAAAAGCCAAGCCGGAUGGGCAAGCGUGCUGUUCUGGACAAAUCAUCAAGACCACAGAAAGUCAAACAAACAAACAGGAGGAGAAGAAAGAGAUUCAAGAAAGUGUCGUGAUCUUUGCAGAGAAGGACGAAUAUGACAAGCUCAAGUCAUCACCUCCAAAACCUGCAAAAAGUGAAAACGACGCGUCAUCAGAGAACGAGCAGCUGUUGAGUCGCAGCAUUGACAGCGAUGAAGAAGCAGCUCAAGACAAACAGACGGCAGCUGAUCUCUGUCUGAUGUCACUGGUGCAUCUGACCCGAGAGAAGACAUCUUCAACAAACACCGUACACAACAACAACACAACAACAAACAACAACAACAGCAGCAGAGCCACAGGGAUUCACAGCAGAAGGAAGAAAAUCUUGGACUUGUACACAAAAGCCUGCAGCGUUGCAGAAGGUCUGAGUCCCACCGAGCUUCCGUUUGACUGUCUGGAGCGCACCAGCCGCAUGCUCAGCUCUACAUACAGCACGGAUAAAGCCGUGGUGAAGACCUGGAGACAUCUGGCAGAGAGCUUUGGACUGAAGCGAGACGAGAUCGGAGGCAUGAGUGAUGGGAUGCAGCUCUUCGACAGAGUCAGUACGGCGGGUUACAGCAUCCCAGACCUGCUGACGCGUUUGGUUCAGAUCGAGAGACUGGACGUCAUCGAGGUUCUCUGCUUUGAUAUUCUGGGCGGCCCCGAGAGCGGCGUCCCCCCGUCCAGCCAUCAUCCCACUUUAUCUUCUCGCUGCGCCAGCGUCUGACGCAUUCUGAUGUGCCGUGACGUGACGUGAAGUGUUGUUCAUUCAUCAUGACACGUCAUCCCAUCAGCACAGACUGGAGAAUCCGGCUGAGACAGGACAGGGUUUUCAUCAGACGUGAGCUUUGUCAUCGUCUGCAUGCAGAUGAUGUGCUGUCGUCUGUGUUCUUUUGUGUUGUUGUUUUAUAAACAUUUAGCUCAGGACUGUCACAUGAACUGUGUCUAUUACAUGUGUGCAUAUGUUGCUAACAGAUAGAGAAUCAACUUGUCUCCACGGGUUUAAUGAAACGUUUGUCAGAUUGACCGACACAGGUCUUUAAGUUUAUGACGCACAGCUCCUGUGAUAUUCUGAAUUUCAUGAACUAAUAAUCCAGACGAAGAGUGACAGAGAGGUGCUGUAUAUAAAGUGCAUGUGGAAUAGAAUGAGGUGGAAGAGUGAGUGACGCUGCAUGUGAUGCGACUUCAUGUUAAUGAUGGGUUAGGUCUACUCCACCCAAAAUUGAAAAUUCUGUCAUCAUUUUUCCCCCUCAAGUUCUUCCAAACCUGCUCUGUUGAACACGAGGGAAGAUAUUUGGAAGAAUGUAAGCAACUGACAUUUCUUGGACAUUGUUGACUACCAGGAGGAUUUAAAUGGUGGUCAAAGGUGCCCCAGAACAUUUUGCUUUCCUCAAGUCUUCAAAAGAUCUCAUUUUAUGUUUAACAGAACAAACCUGCUGUGAUUGAAGUGCAUCACACUGCCGUGUUCACUGUAUGAAUACAAAUCAUCCCAACUGAGAGCAGAACACAAGUGUAUAUAUAACUUAUUCUUGUACAUAUGCACCAUGUAUAAAAGUAUCAAUGAAAUAAAGUCAAACGAUCUCUUGUUCUUCUGUUUGUGUACAUGAACUUGUUCAAACAUACCUCAUGUGUUUGACAUCACACUGAUUCUAUAAUAAAUCUUCUGACUGACGAUGUAAAUCACAUGACAUCACGUCUCAAACGCUGUUCCAUCUACAUUCAUAUUUUCUCACCGAAGCAAAACAUAUAAACACACACACACACACACACGUUCAUUCAUUCCGUAAACUGCUGCUCUCAGAUGAUCCAUCACUGAAAAUCACCGCAUGGCAUUAUGGGAUCUGUCAGUAAUGUAACUUCCAGCACUCAGAAACAAAGUGAUGUUCUUUAAAUCAGAGCUACAGAGCACUUCGCCAGAAAGAAAACCAGACCCGCAAACACUUCUCAAACCCGCAAACACUUCUCAAACCUCACACAUUAUUAAAACUCAUCUCAUAGUAUGAUCUGAAUAUCACAACCACUCAAACAACAUCCAAGAAUCCCCACGACAGAACAAACUCUCUUCUGAAUGACAAUGUGUCUCAAUGCAAACAUCAAACAUGACAUUAGAAUACAAUAGCAUGUUUUCAAAGUAGUACUAUUGUAUUCUGUCAUGAGUGACAUACAGACGCUUUACAUCCAAUAGCUUUCCUGUGGCGCUAGCAACGCCAAGGUCAUGGUUUGAUCCCAGGGAUUGCACGUACUUCAAAAACAAUUAUGUAGAGUAUCAUGCAACGUAUGUGGCUUUGGAUAAAAGCGUCUGCUAAAUGCACAAAUGUAAAUGUACUCACUCAUCUGCUCGGUCACCUUCAGCCACAACUGAAUCUUCUUCACACUCUUGAACCCAUCAAUAAUGAUUCUGAGGUCAUGUGACAACAGUGUCAUGUUUUCCCUACUACAGAUAGACGACAUGAAGGCAGAAUUCAGAAGAGAGAGAGAGAGAGAGAGGGAGAGACAGAGACAGAGACAGAGACAGAGAGAGAGAGAGAGAGAGAGAGAGAGAGAGAGAGAGAGAGAGAGAGAGAGAGAGAGAGAGAGAGAGAGAGAGAGAGAGAGAGAGAGAGAGAGAGAGAGAGAGAGAGAGAGAGAGAGAGAGAGAGAGAGAGAGAGAGAGAGAGAGAGAGAGAGAGAGAGAGAGAGAGAGAGAGAGAG